AUGGGUCCGGGUGGAGCAGCGGCCCUAAGCAGCGAAGAGCACGCUGUCCUCUUUUGGUGCGUCCUCACUCGGGACAAUGGGAUAGCGGUGAAGUUCUAUCUGCCAGGAGUGGCCGCUUGCCAUACCGCCCCUUUGGGGGCGGCAGGAGAGGAAGAAAAGGCCGAGCUCUGUCGCCGAGUGAAGCGUCUCUGCAGCUGCCGCCGCCGCCGCCUCCUCCUCCUCCCUCUCCGAGACAGGUGAGGCCCGACUUCCCUUCCUCCUCGUUAGGAUGCAACAAGUUGUCUCUUCGGGCGGGGAAGAGAGUUGACAGAGGGAGGGCAGCCAUUCCUGGCUCCUUUCUCGCCUUCCCCUCCACCCCCUUUACAUGGGCAGCCUUUUCUGUUGCUUUUCUCCCCAACUUCUCGCAGGACUUCCCAUCUCCGUACCGGUUUUGGCGCUCUCUCACUGAUUCUGACUUGAGUCCUUGCGUUGUGGCGCGGGCGCCGUUAAUGUUUCCUGUGCUUUACGAAUGUUGUAGGGGCUGCUUCACGCGGCAAUUCUUACAACACCAUGUCAGGUAGAUAUUGCAGGUGUGCAGCUGGGAAAGCGCGGCUCCCAUUUGCUGGAAGCCACCCAGAGAAUUUAUAGGAGAGACAAGAUUGGAGCUGGUCUUUCCUGAUUUGUAACGGUUUAUCAAUUCAGCUAUCGGUCAUCAAUUCGCAGAAGUGUCUCCUUGUGCACUGAGUUGCUGUUGUGUGUGCACUUGAGCAUUUGUUUUUAAAUGUUUUGUGGGAGUGCCUUUUUGUGGGAUAUUCACUUGUCUGCUUGCUCUUUAUUGCUGAAAGAAAGACUUUUAAACAUGAUGAGUGCCCCCCAAAGGACCAAUAGCUCUUUUUGAAAAGCAGGUGGUUAUUUCAUCAAAAAGACAUUUGUGGCCCCAUCUCUGUCAGGUACACAGAUCUAGUCAAUGUAUGCCAGUAAACCCAUGUGAAUUAAACGAAUGAAGAUGAUCACUGAAGCCUUUUUAAAUCGGAGCAGGUUUCCAUCAUAGAACUCAGUUUGCUGCUCUUGUCUUUGUCACUGCACUACACAAAGAGGAUGAUGCUGGGACACAGCAAGAGAACCGAAGAAAGCCAUACAUAAAUUGUUGUUGUUGUUUAUUAGAUAUAUAUACUUCCCUUCAUCAAAAGAUCUCAGGGAGGUUCACAAGAUAAAGUCUGGAACAAAGUCCCUCCUGUACAAAGAAAGCUAUAUUAGAUGGGCUUUGGAUUUUACAACAUUGAAAGCCUGUUUUCUACUAUUGUAAAAGUGCUACAUGGGAGAUUAGAAUCUGUUGCCAUACGUUGCACUUCAUAGACUUUAAGAAGCAGAGGGUAGACAAGUAUUACAGGUUCCCUAGUUGCUUCACUCCCAAACUUGAUUGUUGUGUUUACUUGGCAAUGACAGCAGUCUGUAUUCAACUUAAGAGUAUUCUGGUCUUUAGUGAAAAUUGUCUGGAAAUUCAAACUGACAGUUCCAAACACUUCUUUAUAAUAUACUAUGCAGAUCUUUAUAUACUUUAAAAAACUUGUUUUGUUUUCUUUUUAAACAGAAUAUGAUAGGCCGAAAUGAAUCCUGUGGUGCAGAGCAGAUGCCCAUGUCUUACUUGACUUGCCUGCUUUACAUACUGGAAGGAUGGACUGGAGUCGAACACUUGGACGAAUAUCUGAGUUACCUGGUCUACCUCACAUGGCUCUUUGCACCAUUGCUUGUAGCACUUUUACUUCCUGCACUCAUCCUCGUUCUUGUAUAUGUCAGCAUUUUUAUUCUUUAUAUUUACAAGUUACGGACACACCUAAAAGAGGUUUAUUCAAAUGAUUUUUGGGAUAGUGCAAGACUAGCAGUGUUAACUUUGUGGUAUGUUCAUGGAAGAAUAUGGAAUGGUAAGUACAUUUUUCUUAUGUAGAUGAUAUAAGCUAAAUAGUCUUCAAGUAUAAGGAUACAAAAUCCUAUACUUGUUUUCAGAAGAACUUUCCCAAGCAUUUUUUUCAGUAGCACUGCAUAAACUACUUUGUUAUUACAGUUUCAGAGGUUCAGUAUUUUUUUAUUCCACUUCCUAAUCAAUCACAUUCCUAUAUUCAGAAUGUGUAUGCGUUGUAAAAAAAAUUGUUUGAUUAAAGAGGAAUUAUUCCACUGUAGAAAGUAGCUUUAUAUUUUACAUUCACGUAUGUUUGAGGGAGGCAAAUGAUAAUAAGGUUUAUGUUAAAGGAGCUCUUUCUGAGUUGUUCGUUGCUAACUAGUUGCACCAUAUAUUUCCCAACCUCACUGGAGUGCAAGGUGGACUUUCUGGAGAUCGUAAAAAGAAGCAAAAAACAAAAUCAUUUUGAUUUUGCACCAUCUAUUACCCAGAUGUGUGUUUGUGCACACACCUCUUUGAUGAGGAAUGCAUGGUGUGUGCAUAGGAAUGCAUAGGCCUUUUCCUACAGGAAAGUGGAAUUCUGUUGUGAUUCAUUCCUUUUAAGCAAGAACUGCACCAGUCUAAGAGGGUACAUGAGAUUCUCAAGACAGUAUAACAAUAAACUCUUUAGCUUGUUCACUAUAAAUCUUGGACUACAAGGCUUUUUAGACAAGCUUCUUGUUAGGGAGAAGUCUUGUAGAAUAGACAAUAAUGGGGAUGCAUCAGUGGUUUCCUUCCUUCUUCCCAGCUGCCAGAAAUCAAGGUGUUCCUGUGAACUUUCAAAGAAAACAGGAACUUCACGUAAUGAACUCUGUCUACUUUUCUUCUGCUUCAGACUACCUUAACUAUCGUUUCCCAGUCUGGUAUGUCAUACUUAUUGUCUGUUACUUUCCUGUGCUGUACAGGCACUAAUAUUUAGCAACUGUAUUCAGGUGACGUAGUUUGUCCUUGAAAGACAGAUUUCGUCUGAGUGAAUAUUUAAAUAUAUUUUGAAUUUAUAUGCCCAAUGAUGUGAGGUUAAUUUUUUUAAAUAAGUAAAUCGGAUUUUUUACAAAAGGUUCUAAAAGAUACCGUGAAAGUCAGUAAUGAAACAAUUAAAGGCUUUCUAGGCAUGGUUGCUAGACUUCUUCCCUUCUUUCUUUUUGCUUGAAUAAUGUAUGCUAAUUGUAGCAAGUAUAUUUUAGAAGAAAAUGAAUAGCAUGAGAUUGCCUCUGAGUCUGACUAAUGGAAUUGGUGGCAAAGUAUAGUCAGAAGUCUCUUUGCUUGAAAAACUACAUGAUGACCAGGAAAACCAGUUACGUUGUUUCAAGCCUGCAAUACUAUGUCUACUCAUUCCCAUUCAAGUCCCAUUCAAUUCAGUGGGGCUUUACUCCUAGACAAAUGGGGUUCCAACCUCAGUCAGUAUUUCUGCUCCUUCCCUUGCAAAUGAUAAUGAAUAGCUUCACACUUAUUUCUGUUCAAAACCUAAGCAGCCUAAUUAAUCCUUCAAAUAUUCCAUAGCUCAGGGGAGGACAGACUUCAGGCUUGUGGGAUUUACAUUUUUUUCUAUUAAAACCCGAAGAUCUAUUAACCAGAGCCAGGUGCAAACAGACACAAGUACUUAGAAUUAAUAAAUUCUGAACCCAGUGACUUUGAGCAUCAGAACAAAACUGAACUCUUCAGUCCCUCCACACACUGAUGCAUCACUUUCUGCUUCAUUUCAGCACUAUACAGUAAUGUGGGUGUGGGAGUCAUUGCUAAACAAUUGGGGAUUUGGGAAUCCUUGCCAAUCUACUUAAAUUCCCCAGAAAUCUGCUGGUAGAUUUUGCUCCACAGUGUCCAUCAAUGCCCUAGCCUAGCCUAACCUGUCAUAUGGAGGGAAAUAGUUAAAUAAAGGAAAGUAUGCAAUUAGGGCAGGAAAGAGGAACCUGUGGCCCUCCAGCUGUGGUUGUACUUGCAACUUCUCUAAGCCCCAGCCAGCAUGGGCUGUGGGUGUGGAUCAUGGGGGUUGUAGCUAACAUUUGAAGAGCCUGAACUUUUCUGUCCAUGACAUAGGCCAUGAUAUAGAAAUCUUCUGUAUUUCUGUUCAAGCCAGCAAAACCUCUUAGCCACAAACGCUGUGACCCAAAUUCUAAAAAGUUGGUUAUUCAGGAUUAGAGUGGCAAACUGCAAGAACCACCCACAUGUGUUGCCUCUUGAUUCACUGGAAUCUUUGAUUGUCCUUGAAUCUUCCUGCCACAAUUGACAUCCUCUCCUGCCACACCAGUGUGGCAAGCCACACCGCUUGAGAACCACUGACUUAAACCAUCGGUCUAAUAAGGCACAUAUAUAUGCUUUUGCCAAUAUAUUCUCUUCCCCCAUCCCAAGCUUCACAAUUAUGUGGCCCUCCAGAGGAAAGAGUACAGAAAAACUAGUGGGGAAGAUGGAAGAAUGACUGUGGAAAGUCCAACAAGUUCAGCAAGUGUGUAAUUAUAGCAAUUAUCCACAUUCAUUUAGGGAAGUGGGGAGAAGCCCUCUUUAUGGAAAAAGGCAUUUUACAACUUUUAAGAAUUAGAAUAAAAAUAAUUAAUGGACUGAGUAAAGGUAAAGGGACCCCUGACCAUUAGGUCCAGUCGUGACCGACUCUGGGGUUGCGGCGCUCAUCUCGCUUUAUUGGCCGAGGGAGCCGGCGUACAGCUUCAGGGUCAUGUGGCCAGCAUGACUAAGCCUCUUCUGGCGAACCAGAGCAGCGCACGGAAACACCGUUUACCUUCCCGCCGGAGCGGUACCUAUUUAUCUACUUGCACUUUGAUGUGCUUUCGAACUGCUAGGUGGGCAGGAGCAGGGACCGAGCAACAGGAGCUCAUCCUGUCAUGGGGAUUUGAACCACCGACCUGAUCAGCAAGUCCUAGGCUCUGUGGUUUAACCCACAGCGCCACCCGCGUCCCUGUAAUGGACUGAUAUAUACAAAUAUUAAGUUGUGUAUUAUCAGGCAAAUGCUGUAACAAAUUCAGUCUGCUUCUGUUCUUAACCAGAUAGUCCCCAGUAAAUGGCUGGCAUAGGACAAAGGUAGCUAAUCACUUUAAACCCAAGGACUGCAUUCAGUUUUGACCAACUUGCUUGAGGGUUUGAUGCCAGAGGAGAGAAAAAGAAAUUCAUGUUCACCUGCAUGCACUGUACUGCACUGCACUUGUUCACCAAUGAAUCUCUGUCUCUGGCACACACCAAAAUCAUGCACAUACAGGGAUCCUUUCUUUUUCUUCCCCUGUGCAACUCUUCAUUAAUUCUACAGGUGACAGCACCCUUUGUCUUUGUCCUCAGUGCAACUUAAUGGCAACAGCAAUCUCUCCAUUAACUUGACUGGAGAAGGGAAAAGGCCCUUGGUGGGCCAUGUGAGGCUGUCUUGUGGGUCUGAUCUGGUCCAUAGUUCAUAGAUUCGUCACCACUGCCACAGGAUACAAUAGUAUACCUUAAGGCAGCUUACUGUCAGUGUACCAUAAGAGCAGUGCUAGGAAAUAUUUGUUGUGCCAGAUGCUUACAUGUUUUAUGCUGGUGCUUAGCAAUGUGAAAUAUUAUUUUGCCGAAUAUGACCACCUCUUUUAUUUAUGUAUCUCUAUGGUCUCCCUUAUUCCUGAGUUCAGAUCUUUGUAGUUGUAUACAACCUUGAUAGCAUCAGUUUUAUAGACCGUUAUUCAUCUCCCUUUUCACCUGACCACUGAUACUGUGUUAGUGGCACAGGUUGAUGAACCUGAAAGUCAAUAGGAAAAACAAUUAGGACAUGCAACAAAAAGUUGCAAUGUAUCCUUGCCCCUCCCCCCCCAAAUAACAGGGUUGUUCUGUACUCUCUGGGCGCUAUAAGCUGUAAGGGCUUAAGCAAGCCAGUUCAAGCGCUUAAGCAAGCCUGUCAUUUCAUAUGAAGCUUACUUUGGUAACAGGUUGUGCUUCUCUGGUAAUUCAUUAUCCAAAUUUAAAAAGCAUACUUAGUUUUUAAUACAGCACAGGUCCAACUGUUGUAAAGUAGUUGUACAAUACCCACAGUGGAUGAAGCAGAGCCUUUAGCAAAGUGUAAUGGAAGAGUGGUUUGGCCAGGAUUCUUCAGGAAAACUUGGAAAGGAAUGGGGUUGAGACAGCUACCCAAGGUAGAUCCCAGAAUAAAAUGACAUUGCCAACCCAAAAGUGAAAAACUAGGUUUAGAAAACCCGAAUUUACAGUGGGUGGGCAUGAUGUAACCACAAGUUUUUGAUGUUGAAAAUUAUUGCAAAGACAUGUUCUUUCUUGACAAAGAAUGAAAUUUAUGAUAUUUUAUUGCUUGUAAUGAAAAUUUUAUGUAUUUUGGACAUCAUGGGGAAAAUGGCUACUGGGUAGCCAUUUCGUACAACUUUCCUACAAUCCAUAGCUGUAAUAGAAAAAAAUUAAUGAAACAAAGUUGUAUAUCUUAAAAAUUAAAAUAAUAUUGGUUAUUAUAGGUUCUUUUUGAAAGUGCAGACUUGUUUUAAUUUUGGGAAAUUUUGGGAAAUUUGAAGUUAUUACAGCUAUGGAUUUUCUAAACCUAGUUUUUCCACCCAAAAAACUAGGCUACAAGUACAUUUAUUUUUUAAAAAAAUAGGCAUUUAUAAAAUCUUUUGAGUGCUGGUGUAUUUUUUUUCUUAAAUCGUCAUCAUUUUAUUGAGCUCUGUGUAAAAUUUCAAUCUGAUACUUGUUUAUGGAGAAGAAGAAGAAAUGUACACAAGGGUAUCUUAUGCCGAGGGUCUCAAUAGGGACAGACAAUGCAGAUUUAACAAAACUUCCAAGUACUAUAAAAUUAAAACCGUUUGAGAUGGAGGGAAAAAUUUAAGUGGGUUUCAAAUUUCAUCAACAUCCGAGAUGGAGGGUGACAUGACCUCAUUGAAAUGACAUGGAAUGACCCUUUCCUUAAACUCAGGUUGAUGACGGUUCUUGGAUAUUCUUAAGCAUUUCUAUUUGGCUAAAUAGUCAGGUGUUCACAUGAAUUUAUCUUUACCUGUCUUGCAGCCCAGGGCUGGUCCAGCCAUUAAGCAGAGUGAGACUGCUGCCUCAGGCAGCAGAAGCCCCCAAGGCUGUGUCCUUAUGGGCACCCCUUCUGCCCCACUGCCUCCACCGCUGCCAUUUACACUGAUUUCCAGCGAGAUUUUUCUUCAAAUUGGCACCAUUGCUGGAGGCACCAGGAUGGCACUUCCUGUUUCUCCUUAAGCGAGUAAAAUGGGACACUCCACCCCUGUUGCAACCCACCUAUUUGAUGAAACAUAAUUAUAAUUAGAUUAUGAAACAAUGAACUGAAGGUUGGGAAGUUCCCCUUUUCAGAUCUUGCCUCAGGUGACUUGGUAAACAAUUUUGAGUAUAGCACAAUAAACAUAGAAAAAUUUCUAAAUAUUUUACCCUACCUUGCCUUAACCUGAAAUGAUUUUAUUCCAUUCUUUCUAAAAAAAAAAAGCCCAGACCAGUACACUACAUUUAAAAACUUAUAAAUGAUCAACAUGGAAAGGCAGUGAAAUAGCAGAACUACUAAAUUCCAUAGCCCGUUUAUGGCCCAAAUCCCCAGGUGAACAUUUUAAAAAUUGGUAUCUGAAUAGUGACAGUGUGGGGGACAACCACAUUUCUUUUGGGAGGGAGUUCCAUGUUCAGGAUGCUGCCACUGAGAAGGCCACUGCCUUAGACCACCACCAAUAAGCCAGGCCACUGGUUGGAUCUUGGAACACAGGCCUGUAGGUAUUGGAAGAGCACUCCCAUUGGGAAAGUAGGUAUUGGGAGGAGUAUUUUGCUCCUAAGUCAUCUGGGGCGUUGUAUACCAGUACCAACACAUUAAAAUAGGCCCAGUAGCAUGCAGUCAGCCAGUGCAGAGUUCUGAGGAUUGGAAUCACUUGAAUCCCAUCUGGCUGCCCCUUUUAGGAGCCUGGCAACCACAUUUUGCACUAACUGCAUCUUCCAGACUAUAGUUAAGGGUAGCCCCACGUAGAGUGCAUUGCAGUAACAAGUCAUGAGGUUAUCGGAGCGUGGAUUACUGAUAUCUGCUGUCCAAGUCCAUGAAUUGCUAUAGCUGGUGAGGAGUAACUAUUCCCACUGAGGCUACUUGUACUUCCAGUGACAGCUUUGAAAUCUUGGAGAGCUCCCAAACCAUGUACCUUUUUUCAGGUACAGUGCAACCCCAUUCAGAACAGUCUCUCCAAUUCCUGGACUUGGAAACUCUAAAUGUGAGCAGGUAGUUCUUAAAGAUUAGCGUCUACAGCUCCAGGUCCUCUGUGCAACAGCAACAACAAAGGUGGUUAUUCCCCCACUUUGCAGGUGUUUUCAAGAAGAGGGUGUGCCCAUGAAGUAGUCAGUGAAAUCUUUUAAGUCAGAUUCCUUAUCAACAGAAGAAUUCCUUUUGAAGGUAGUGUAAUGUUGUAAGCGGAUUUUCUCUACAGAUUUUCAUAUAUGUGCUUUCAUGGGGUGGAGCCAAUUGUAUUGGAAUGAUCAGAUACGCUUUCAAUUGCCCACUCUACUUGCAGAAAAUGUUUCUCAGGAGCAAGGCAGAGAUGGAAUGAGAUUCUUAAUAUUUGAUAAUGGAACAGCAGCAAUGAUCUGAAAAGGACAAAAGUCAUUGCAAUUUUGGCAGGACACUAUAAUUCCUCUACAGAACAGGAAUGUUUUCUUUGGAGAUGGACUUUAUUGAUACUGACUGCAUUUAUCAAAGAGUGCACAAGUAUGUUGAAGAGUAACUAAACAAGAUUAUGAGAUUUAGCAUAUGCUGCUGGAGAAACUGAGAUGAACCCCCGAUGGUUACCUUUGUGUCCCAAGGUAACCAUAUAACCCAGAUUAGAAGCUCUUACUAUUUUUCAUUGACAGAAGCUAGUCCAAUACAAGAUAUCAUUUUUAAGAGCAAUGCAACUUCUGUCUAAAGUAACAAAAGAGAAGUCAGCAGUUACCUAACUGGCAGACAAGUCAGUCAUUUAUGAGGGCAUUAAAAAGUAGUUCAAAAGAGGCUUUCUUUCCAGGAAAGUACUCAAUCCUUCAUAUUGAAUGUCCAGUUGUGAUGUGGCCUUUGCUUGCCUGUCAUUUGCAACUGUAGUUCUGGUGCUUCUUUGAGUAAGCUUUUGCAAUGCAAAGUUGAUAUCAAAUGUUAACCUUCCCUUCUCUUCUUAACAGGUUAUGAGGUGCACGGCCUAGAAAAAAUACCUGAUGGACCAGCCCUAUUUAUUUUUUAUCACGGAGCAACACCUAUAGACUUUUUCUACUUCGUGUCUGUUGUUCUUGCUAAGAAGAAAAAAUUCAUCCAUGUAGUUGCUGAUCACUUCGUCUUUUCAUUACCAGGUAAAAACUGUGAAAUGUGAUUAUGAUGCUUGUAGAUCAGUUAAGAGUACUAACUGGACAUCUGAAGACACGUGUUAUGGACAGGGUUUAUUUGUUUGUGUACACAGGUGCAUUCAUACAUAAAUUCAGUGAGCAAAUAUGCAGUUUGUAGAGUUUUAGAACAACUCAAAAUGCAGAAAUGAACACUGGCUGUGUUUGUAUGUCGUUUUGUUUCUCUCCCCCCCCCUUACAUUUAUAUCCUACCUUUCUUCCACCAUGGAGCCCAAGAUGGUAUACAUAUGAUUCCCAGGCAGUUCUGCAUUGAGAUUCUGACCAGGCCUUGGCCCUGCUUACCUGUAGCAAUGUGGUAGCUCCAUGUGACUUCAGAUCGCAGACCUGGGAUCCAUAGCUUACCAUGACACAUGAACACACUCACUGAGAAUGUUCUUAAGUUGUGGCUUCUGCAUUGCAGAUUUGAAAUUUAACUUACUUUAUUAUGAUUUGCUUACUGGACUGAGUUCUGUCUUCAGUGGUGAAAAUCGGUAACAAUGAUCUGAAAAGGGAUUGACUGUACCUUUUCUAGUUGUAGCCCUUGAAGAUGGAAACAGUAUCUUUCAUGACUUUUAAAAAUAUAUCCUAUAUUAAAAACUAAAUAACCAUUCCUGAGGAAUGGUUAGAAAAUAAGGUGUUUCUUAUUCACAGUUGCAGCCCCAUACAGAUGUAAUACUUAACAGUGGUUAGCAUUUGCCAUAGUUAUUUCCUUUACCCUUUGCUAAAAUUCCCAAAUGUGCCAUGAAAUAUAUCUUGCUGUGCUAAGCCAUUACCCUUCGGUGAGAGUGGUGUAGAAAGACACUGUUAAACUAAAUAAAAGUUAAUGUGACCAAAUGGAACGGUCACUUGCCAAAUUAUUAAUUGUACCGAGAAUUCUGUCUGAUUACACCAAACUCUAUGAAGCUUUUAAAUUUAUAGUCUAUAAAACAAUUCACAAAUUUUAUGAAAUAUAAUGUGUCUUCAAAACACUAACUUUUCUAGAGUGAUGAUAGUAAUGGUUUGUUGUUUCUGUAUUAGUACCAUGUAAGCCCUGCAGCACUAAGCUUGAAUUGGCCCAAAUGCACCUGAUAUGUGGAAAUUAGGUAACAAACUUUGUCCUAGAGAAAAAUGAUGAGUUAAUAGUUGCUUAAAAUUAUCACUAUUUUGUUUUGAAAGUACCGUAUUUUUUGCUCUAUAAGACUCACUUUUUCCCUCCUAAAAAGUAAGGGGAAAUGUGUGUGCGUCUUAUGGAGCGAAUGCAGGCUGCGCAGCUUUCCCAGAAGCCAGAACAGCAAGAGGGAUCGCUGCUUUCGCUGCACAGCGAUCCCUCUUGCUGUUCUGGCUUCUGAGAUUCAGAAUAUUUUUUUUCUUGUUUCCCCCUCCUCUUGUGGUCUGGUGCGUCUUAUAGAGCAAAAAAUACGGUAAAUGUUUUGAUUAAGCCCAAUAUUGAUGCAGGAGGAUGUGAACAAGAGGUGGGUGCUGGACUGCAUUUAGAUGUAUAAAAUCCAAUUCUUUCAUGGUUUUGUUCAAUAUUUCCAUUUUUCUUUUUUGCCUACUGUUUAUUCCAGAUUUCUCUCAUGAGCUAUUUGUUUCUUAACUCUUUGCAGGUUUCAAAAUCGUAGUUGAUGUGUUUCGUACUUUGCCUGGAUCACAGGAGGAAUGUAUAAAAGCAUUAAAGAGCGGACGCUCAUUGGCCAUUUCACCAGGAGGAGUUCGGGAAGCCCUGUUUGCUAAUGAAUACUACCCCAUACUAUGGGGAAAUCGUAAAGGAUUUGCUCAAGUGGCUAUUGAUGCAAAAGUGGUGAGUGUUUUCUGAGCAUAAAUGCAAUAUAACUUCAGGCAUCUUAACCAAACCAGCACCAUCAGUGUUGGAAUCUUUCUAUAUGUAAAAUCAACAAAGUAAAGACAGAUGAUUUGCUUGCUCAUGUUCUUCAUCCAGAGAGAACUACAAGAAGCAGAGACAAGCAAGCAGAAAUUGAAACAAAAUGGAUGCACUUAA